UAGUCCAUGACCUUCCUCUGGUUCAUCACGUAGGAGGGAAGGCUCCUGACAUGUCGGACUGGAGGAGAUGGAGAAGAACUCAGAGUAAAUCCAGUCCUCGAUCCUGAGUUCUUCAUAAACAAAGACACUGAAGUGGGAACGAUGGUGAAAUAUUUCGGCUGUGUCAGUUCUCUUAAAGGCACAUGGGACCAAGUUUCUCUCGCAUUCUGGCAAAGGUACCCCAACCCUUACAGUAAUCAUGUUCUGACUGAAGACAUCGUCUUCCGGGAGGUGACCGUAGACAACCGCCUCAUUUCCCGGAGACUCCUGACCAAAACUAGCCGAGUGCCUCGAUGGGCAGAGAAGUUUUUGCCCGGUCACAUGGCACGCAAGGCGUACAUCAUCGAGGACUCUGUGGUGGAUCCUCAGAAAAGGACCAUGGUGACGUUCUCCUGGAACAUCAGCCAUGCCCGGCUCAUGACCGUAGAGGAGCGCUGUUUGUACACGGUCAACCCCGACAACAGCAGCCUGACGGAGAUCAAGAGGGAGGCGUGGAUCUCCUCCAGUCUGUACGGCUUCUCCAGAGCGGUGCAGGAAUUUGGUCUCGCUCGAUUUAAGAGCAGCGUUAUGAAGACCAUGAAGGGGUUUGAAUACAUCCUGGCCAAAAUGCAAGGUGAGACACCCACGAGGACCCUGGCAGAGACGGCGACGGAAAAGGCUCGAGAGACGGCGCUGGCUGCUAAAGAGAAGGCGAAAGACUUGGCCUCUCAAGCUCAGAAGAAACAAUACGUAUGACGUGGAGAGACUUUGAGCAUAUUUGGACUGAUUGUUCAGAUAUGCAGAUCAUCAUUUUACACCUGGAGUAGUCAGAGUCACUGGAGAUCUUCGUCACCCUGAUUUUACUCAGUAUUUUAAAAGCAUUUGGUUCUUUUUCUUAAUUGUGUUUGUGAUUUUGUGAUUUGUUUGAUCCUCCGGUUCAGACUGAAAAAGCAACGUUUCCGUCGUCUGUUUUUCUGUGUUUAAUUAUUUUGGUGCUUCAAAUUGAAGUGAUACGAGGGUCCACGUUACCGGCAGCCAUUGACAUCGUAAAUACUGCAUAAUUAGGGGGUUGAUUACAGGAGAGGAUUGCAGUGGACAACAAUGUCUGUGAAAAUGCUUGAAACCGUUUGAUUACUGUCAAUAAACAUUUUCUAUCAAA